GGCGUCCUACAUUGCUAGCUGUAACGUAGAUCCCCUGUCUUGCUCUCCAGGUGCCGCGGGUCCUGUACGUUCUGUGCGCGGCCGGCGUCCUGCUGUAUCAGCUGAUGGACGCCCUGGAUGGACACCAGGCGAGGAAGGUCCAGGACACGCCGCUAGAGGACGCUUUUGACCAUGGCGCUGACUCCGUCUCUCUCGUUUAUUUGACGAUGGCGACGUGCUGCGCUCUUCAGCUGGGAACCAACCCGUUCUGCAUGCUGGUCUUUUGUAUGACCGCCUCGGCCGUUUUCUAUGUACUUCACUGGAAACUGUACGCCACUGGGGUCUUCAAGUACCUCUGGCCCUUUUUUGAAGUGGAACUCCAGAUCAUCGGCAGCCUGAUCUUCCUGAUAUCUGCAGGGUUGGGGCCCGCUGUCUGGAGCACCCAGGUUCCGUUUUUAUGUGCGACAAUCAAGGUGGUUCUGGUUUAUACCUUUGUGGUGGGCUGUGCGGUGGAGUGUGCGCCGGAAGUGCGGGAGAUUCUAGCUCGAUGGCUUCAACAUGCGGGGAAAACCGUACAGGCCACGGAUGUCGUGGCUCCUUUGGCCAUCCUGUCUGCCAUUACAGCCACCACCGUUCUCGUUCCCAGCCUGGACACUGCACUGUUCCUGCACCAACCUUGUGUUUUCGUUCUCGUCCUCGGGACGGUCACGGCCAAGGGCAACGCGAGGAUCAUGGGUGCGUACAACACCUUCAGUAACGCCCCCUACCGUUCCAGGGGUGCGUACAACACCUUCAGUGACGCCCCCUACCUGGACUCCUGCCUUCUUGUCCCCGGAAUCAUCUUCGUCAUUUCCUGCCUGAACGUCACUUCCGGUCUGCACGACGGGACCGCCCAGGGGAACAGUCGCCUGCUGGUUGCUUCACUGAUGAUGCUGAACUAG